UAUGGAUCAACGCUUAGUCUAGAAGGGGAUACCCAACCGGCGGCCAGCCUUCAGAGCUAGGAAACUGCACUUCCAUCACUUUCCAUAACUGAGCAUGCUCAAUGUAUUCAUUCGAAAAUCAAUCACCGUGCUCGCUCUUAAUUCCGCUUCAAUUUUUAUGCUAGUUGUGAUAGAAAUCAAAGGCAGAAUCCUUAAGUUAACCUCUCCACCUUCCCUAGCAGCCUUGGCACUUAGCCCUGCUUUCUGGGAGGUGAUUUCAAGGACAUUAAGGAAUACAAAGGUUGGGAGUUCUGCUUGUAUUGCGGGUGAACAGCUCGUAACAGGUUGUUCUGCUUGUAGUUCUGCUUGUAACAGGUUCAAGGAGAUAUGGGUGACAAGUUCUGCUGGUUCUGCUUGUAACAGAUUCAAGGAGAUAUGUGCACACCUAAAUGAGUUGAAAGUUGUGUUGCGGGUGAACAGCUCGGCCGAGAUGUGUGGUAGCACCUUCAAAGUUGACUCAGAGUCUAAGAAAGAGAGUACUGACAUUACUUAACCAAAUCUCACACGAGAUCAUCCGCCAAUUGUCAUAAACUUAAAUUGAGUUUUAUGCUAAAUUGUAGCAAGACGCUUCAUGUGAAAGCUAUUUCCGAUCAUUAAUACUUGUAUAAACUUGAAAGUUAGUUUUCAUCAAUAUGUAAUUUGUAAUUAUAUCUAAAAUGUCCAUAUGAAUUGCUACUUUCUUGGGUGUGGUUCUAAAUUAUCUUAUUGUUUGUGUGUGACUGAAGCAUUGUCU